AUGGGCAAAAACAGCGGACAAAAGAGGAAGCAAAUGAGAAUGGAUCCCCCACUCACUUUCAUGACGGUUGGAAGCUUUGCAACAAUGGAACAAGCACGAAAAUUGGACUUCUCAGUGAACGAAGUGUACGACUUUCCAAAGAUUCACUACGCCCCCAUCAAGAUUGGAGGAAUCAAAGACAGCGUCAACAUCGAGGCAAUCAUUGAAUACUACAUCCCUUUUGCCAACGAGAAUGGAGAAAAUCACACGUUGAUGAUUGGAUUGACGGAGCAACUACCCAUCAACACACUCUUUGGAUUACCAUUCAUGUUGAAGGUAAAGAUGGCGCCAGACUUUCAUCAAAAAACAGUAACUUCAAGCCUCUUCAACCAGGAAUUUGAACUCAUCAUGGAGCGACCCACAAUGCUUCCAGUGGAACACAUCAGAAGAGAUCAAGCAGCGUCACCCAAAGUACUAUUCAACAACAACAAGAAAGAGACAGGACAGAGAGCCAUCAUCAUCAGAAAACACCAACACAGCGCGCCCACCACCACCACCAACAUUACACCGAAGAAAACAUGA